AUGUGGUUUCAGGUAUUGGACGAUGUUAAUGAUAACAAAGAAAUCCCAGAAGGUCAUCGUCAUUACUUUGCUAUUUACCACGUCAAAUGUGCUGAGGGAAAAACAGUGAAGGAGAUUUGGACAAAAAACGUUAAGCCAGAUGGAGUAAAGCGAAUUGCUGCAGUAUUUGAAAAGAUCACCGACAAGAAGUAA